AUGGAUGACUGUAGCUCGGAAUCGAGCAUAUCUGGGGUGGCUAAGACCCGUAAACGGUCUUUCUUCAAGGAGCCUCUUGAUGUCGGCGGUAUAUCUGCUUCUGAUACUGAGACAGAACAAUCGGUUUCAAGGAGGGAAACUGUGAAGAAAAAGCCGAGUUCUCAUUGUGUUGGUAUUGGAAAAGCCAGGAAAGCAUUUAAAGAGGCUAAAGAAGAAGCGGCGGAAGUUGCCUUUGAGAGGCACUUACGGAGUAAGUCUUUUCGCAAGGAAGCCGGAAAAAAGUCUGUGAUUAAACCGUCAUUUCUUCUUGAUGAAGAUAUUGAAUCUCUGGGCGCAGUAGAUAUACGACAGAGAGCGGAGAUAAGAACAGCUAAGCUUCUGGAGUUUGCUAAAAAUCCAGGGAGUCUUACUGAACCUCAUUCUGACGAACUGCAAAAGGCGGCAGAAGACUUGCAGGAGAUAAUUAAAUGUUUAACGUCUCGUUCAGUGGCAGAGGAGACUCGCCGCCUGCAAGCGGAUAACAAACGUCUGCGAAACCAUGUUGCUGAUCUGGAAGGAUCUUUAAAGGCACUGCGAAGGGAGUUCUCUGAAAGAUCAGCUCCUUUUUCCGAAGUUAACCCCUCACAAGACCCAAAUUUUUUGAAGACGAUAAUAAAUGAGAUACAAGGUGAGGUCAUGCGCUCGGUGGGUGCAAUGAUCGAUGCCAAAUUGGCGGGAAUGGAGGACCGCUUAUUACCAGCAAGUAUUAUUCGUCCCCCUUGCGGCUUCAAAAGAAAGAGAACACGCGAGACCUGUGGGGUCUUCCAUUAA